CGUUCUAUCUCCGUUCUCGUCUUUGCAUAGAAUUUGAAGGUUCACAUACUGCAUUUCUGCAUCCGGAACGCCUCCAAAAGAUAAAGUUUUACGAUAAAAAUAAACAAUAAAUAUAAUUAAAAGUUUGUUCUAAUGCUUUUGUAAAGAACAUUCAACAUUUAGUAAGAAUGAAAUCAAAAAAUAAACACAUAACUCUCGAUGAAAGUUCAGACGAAGAACCAAUUCCAACAAACGAUGAAGAUGAUCCCAUAUUAAGGAAUGAUGUUCUACCUGCUGCUCCAUCAGGAUCUUUAGCAACUGGCAGUCGUUCACCACAAGCCGAUGUUGAAAAUCCAACUUUUGCAAUAACUUUACAAACUGCAUCAAAUCAAAACAAAGAUAUUUACGAGAGUCUCGAUUAUGAAGUUUGUGAAAAUGUUUUACAUAAAAAUGAACAAGAAAAACGAACUGAACGAUUUUCGCCACGAAAAGACAUCGUCAGAUGGCUUAUUUUUAUACAAAUUGGUGUGAUUACAGCUUUAAUUGCUUGUGGCAUUGAUAUUGUUAUUGAAGAGCUGUCCAGGAGGAAAUAUAAAUUCCUCAAAGAAGUUAUCGAUUCGAAUGUAGCAGCCACGAAUGUAACUGCCACUAUAGAAGGAAGUAUUCACGGUGACGUUGUUAUUCCAUAUUUGUAUUGGAUUUUAUUGAGUAUUAUUCCUGUUGGUCUGGGUUCAAUUCUUGUCACAUACAUUGAACCUAUAACCGCUGGCAGCGGUAUUCCACAAGUAAAAUGCUAUCUAAAUGGUGUAAAGAUCCCACGUAUUGUUCGAAUCAAAACACUAACAAUCAAAGCAGUUGGUGUUGUUACUUCGGUUGUUGGUGGUUUAACUGGUGGAAAGGAAGGACCAAUGAUCCAUGCCGGAGCUGUAGUAGCUGCUGGAAUAUCUCAAGGAAAAAGUACAACAUUCGUUAAAGAUUUCAAAAUCUUUAAAGGAUUUCGCGAUGAUCAUGAGAAACGUGAUUUUGUUUUGGGCGGUGCAGCUGCCGGUGUAGCAGCUGCUUUUGGAGCACCAAUUGGUGGUAUGCUUUUCUCUCUGGAAGAAGCAGCAAGUUUUUGGAAUCAAAAUCUCAUAUGGCGGACUUUAGUGGCAUCUGUUAUCAGUUCGUUUACGUUGAAUAUUGUUUUAUCAGCAUAUCAUAGUUUGAAAAACUUUACAUUCACUGGUCUUUUUAAUUUGGGAAAGUUUGACGACCCACUUACUUUUGAUUAUAUUGAAUUGCCAAUAUUUGUAAUGAUGGGAGUUACUGGUGGAAUAUUAGGAGCAAUGUGGAAUUCACUUAAUACGAGAAUUAAUCGUUUCCGAAAGAGAUGUGUUCGUCAGAAUUGGGCCAAAGUCUUCGAGGCAGUAUUAAUAUCCAUUGUUGGUGUAACAGCGGCUUGUAUUAUGGUUUAUUUGAUAAAUGAUUGCAGACCUUUGGGCAAUGAUCCCACAGACUAUCCAAUUCAGUUGUAUUGUGAGGAUAAUGAGUACAAUGCUGUAGCAUCACUUUGGUUUCAAACUCCUGAAGCGAGUGUAAAAUCAAUACUUCAUGAUCCACCUGGAUCACAUAAAUUUAUGACAUUGACCGUAUUUACUGUUAGUUAUUACAUCUUGUCUUGUUUAACAUUUGGAUUGAAUGUGUCGCUGGGAAUUUUCAUUCCAACUGUUUUAGUUGGAGCUGCAUGGGGUCGUUUGGUAUCAAUGGUUUUAUUUGAAGCAUUUCCUGAAGCAGUAUUUCUUCAUCCGGGAAAAUAUGCUUUAAUCGGAGCUGCUGCUCAUAUGGGAGGUGUUCUCCGAAUGACAAUAAGUCUUAGCGUAAUAUUAAUUGAAACAACUGGUGUUGAAACAAUAUUCUUCUUUCCCUUGAUCAUCACACUUAUCAGCGCUAAAUGGGUUGGAGACUAUUUCAAUGAGGGCAUUUAUGAUAUCCAAAUUCAUGUGAAUCAUGUUCCAAUACUUCCAUGGGAACCAACACGUUCUCAUCUGGGCCUAACAGCAUCGAAAAUAAUGAGCUCUCCUGUUGUUUGUAUAAAACUUCGUGAUAAAGCAAAGUAUAUUUACGAUGUUCUUAAAAAAUAUGACCACAAUGGAUUUCCAGUUGUUGAAGAUGUGCAAGGGAACGACAGAGCACAUGGCCGAGUUUGUGGUAUUAUCUUACGAUCUCAGCUCAUUGUUAUCUUACUAAAGAGCCUGUAUGAAGAGAAAAAACAGUUUUGGGAAAAUGAAGUUACUAUUCAGACGUUCCGGGAUGUUUAUCCGAGAUAUCCAUCAAUCGAUUGCGUUAAAAUGCAUUCAGACAAAGUUGAUUACACAGUUAACUUAGACAUUUUUAUGAAUCCUUCGCCUGUGAGGGCCAAUGAGUUUGAUACAGUACCAAGAAUAUUCAAUAAGUUUCGCGCCUUGGGCUUGAGGCAUAUAAUUGUGAUUGACAAGGAAAAUCGAGUUGUUGGAAUUAUAACACGGAAAGAUUUUUUAAAAUAAUUUAAUUGUUUUUUUUUUACGUUUUCACAAUUUUUAAAUUUUAAGAUUAUAAACUUUGAAGAAGUA